AUGUCGUGCUGCGUGCUGCAGAUCACCGGGCUGAUUUUCGGCACCGCGGGCAUGCUGGGCACGCUGGCAGCCACGGCCAUGCCCCAGUGGAGGGUGUCUGCCCACGUGGAGGCCAACCUGGUGGUGUUUGAGAGCGUCUGGGAGGGGCUGUGGAUGGACUGCAUCAGCCAGCUGGGGCUCAGGCUGCAGUGCAAGCUCUACGACUCGGUGCUGGCGCUGCCGCCGCCGCUCGAGGCCCUGCGCGCGCUCAUGUGCCUGGCCGUACUGCUGGCCGUCCUGGCCUUCCUCGUGGCCAUCGUGGGCAUCAAGUACAGCCAGCCCAGCAAGGAGAGACCCCAGAACGUCAGCCCCUUCAUCCUGGUGGCGGGGGUGGCCUUCCUGCUGGCGGGCGGCCUGGCGCUGGUGCCGGUGUCCUGGGCCGGGGGCAGCAUCGUCCGGGAUUUCUACGACCCCGCGGUGCCCGCGCCGCUCAAACGGGAGCUGGGGGCCGCCCUCUACGUGGGCUGGGCCAGCGGCGCCCUGCUGCUGGCUGCGGGGGCCAUGUACUGCCACGUCUGGGGCCGCGCUGGCAGCCACGGCCACCCCUGGCUGGCGGCUCGGGCAGCGCUGCCCCGGGCAGGGGCACCGGCCCUGGGCGUCCAUGCCUACGUGUAG